AUGGCGAGCUCACGACUAGCAAGAUUCAUAACGGAGGUUGCGCCACCGCAGUUUGUCACGGUGAUGCGGCGAAGAACGGCCAAAGUACUCGACACGAUCAAGGAGGAAGAGAGAGAAGUUGGGACCGAUCACUCCAUAUUUUCUUCUUCUUUGACUUCCAAGAUCACACCGUUUACCUCUCCUAAUCCUUCUUCCUCCUCUGGUUUGGCUUCUGCUUCAUUCUGUAAGGGCCCGACCAGUUUUCCGGUGACGGAGAAUCGGAGCUCUUUUCCGGUUUUCAAGAACUGA